AUGAUGAAACCUGAAGUAAUCAAUUUGAACGACGAUAGUAAAGAUUAUUCUCGAUGGAAAAUUAUAUACCCCAAUUAUUUAAAUAAAAAGAAAAAAGUUAAAGAAGGAAGAAAAGUAAAUUUAAAUUAUUGUGUAACUGAUCCAUCCGUUGAUGAAAUUGCAUUAGCGUGUAAAGAAUUAAAAAUCCAAUGUGUUGUAGAAAAAAAUAAAUAUUAUCCAAGGGAUUGGCUAGUUGAAGGGAGGAUACGUAUAAAAAUGCCAGAUGCUCAGAGUAACAUAUUAAGUAAAUUUGCUUUAAUGAAACAAAUUGGAUUGAAACUGCAAACCAUAAAAGCCAAUGUAGAAUCCAAUGUUUUAGUUAAUACGCACAAUAUGCCAAAAAAAAAAAAAAAAAAAAAAAACAAAGAUUAA